AUGAGUGCUUAUACCAGUCAGUUAUUUUUUAUGUUGCUGCUUGGCAUUGUCCUCGCAGUUGCGGCUGAUGCGGAUUCUUUGAAGCCUGAGGAACUGAAGGUGGAUGCGGAUCAGCUGGAAGAACUUGAUCGUUCACCGCGCCAGACGUCGGUGCAAACCACUAAUAUAAAUAUAAAUCAAGGUGGCAGAAACGAUGCUGGAAACAGAUGCAAUGGCAGAAACUGCAAUGGAGAUUGUCAGGGAAGACACUGCAAUGGAGGUUGUCAGGGAAGAAAUUGCAAUGGAGGUUGCCAGGGAAGAAACUGCAAUGGAGGUUGCCAGGGAAGAAAUUGCCCAGGCAAUAAUCAGCCUAUUUUCGGCAUAUUUGGCGGAGUUGGAUUCGCUGGCUAAAAGCGCGCUUCAAUUCAAAGUUUAAAUAAAGACAGCAAACAGUAAAAAAUAAAAAA